GGCGGGGGGGGGGGGUCCCUUGCAGAACAGUCUGGAUUUCAACCCUGCGCCCUUCAUCACCUUGCCUCGAGGUGUACGGAUGUGCCAGCCCACGACCCGCCACAUCAUACAUUCGCCUGGUUUAUUAGCAGUCGCCACUGAGAUACACACUCGAUACGGUUGUGUGUGUUUUCUUCGCCGUUUGGAACCCGCACUGCACCUGGUACUGAGCGCCGACCUCGCACCUAGCGCAGCCUGCGAGCCACGCCCCCGCCCAAAGCCCACAAUGCUUUGCGCCCCGCCCCUUGCGUCGCUUCCGGCGGAGGCAGGCCUGGCUAAUCGAGCAUCGCGUGCUGGCGGCUCGGCGCUCGGCCGGCCAUGCCUGCCCAUGUGGUGGUUUCCGGCGAGUGAGGCGCGGUAGGUGAGGGUAUCCCGGGCCGAGUGGUGUGUGUUUGUGUGUGUCUGGUGGCCGCUGGUGCCGGCCCGGGACGCCCUACUUCUCCGCCCUCGCCCCUACCUCCUGCCCGGACUAGGACCCCGAGUGAACCCGAGCCUCUAGCUAUGGCCUCUCUGCUCGCGAAGGACACCUACCUGCAGAGCCUAGCCCGGAAGAUCUGCGCGCAGCCCAGCCCCGAGCCGCAGAAGCGCACGUCGGCUGGCAAAACUCGAGUCUCAGAAGGACCCCCAAAAAAGAGGAAGAAGAAAGCACAGAAGAAGUCUCAGGAACGAAAGGCCAAGGCUGCAGAACCGAAGGCCCAGGCCCCUGUGGAGCAGUCGCGAGCCAGGAAGCCAGCGGUGGCCAAGGAGGCGGGGGAGGCCUCCGGUUCCAGUGGGGCCCCUUCGGGAGGCCUGGCCAGAGGGCCUGACUCUCUCUUUGCCUUGGACGUUCUGCGGCAGCGCCUGCACGAGAAGAUACAGGAGGCCCGGGGGCAGGGUGGCGCCAAGGAGCUGUCCCCCGCCGCUUUGGAGAAAAGACGCCGGAGGAAGCAGGAGCGGGACCGCAAGAAGAGGAAGCGCCAGGAGCUGCGAGCCAAGGAGAAGGCGGCCCAGGCGGCCCAGGAGGUGGCGGCCCGCGCCGCCCCCGGAGGAGCCCGGCCGGAGGCGCAAGGCCCGGGGGCGCUGCUCUUCAACAAGGUGGAGGUGACCGAGGAGCCGCCGGCCAGCAAGGCCCAGCGCAGGAGGGAGAAGAGGCAGAAGCUGAAGGGGAACCUGACGCCGCUGACGGGCAGGAACUACCGGCAGCUGCUGGAGCGCCUGCGGGCGCGGCAGGCGCGGCUGGAGGAGCUGCGGGAGCAGGACGCGGGCGCCGCCCGGGAGCUCGAGGCCAAGAUGCAGUGGACAAACCUGCUGUACAAGGCCGAGGGCGUGAAGAUCCGCGACGACGAGCGCCUGCUGCAGGAGGCCCUGAAGCGCAAGGAGCAGCGGCGGGCGCAGCGGCAUCGCAAGUGGGAGAAGCGCACGGCGCACGUGGUGGAGAAGAUGCAGCAGCGGCAGGACCGGCGGCGGCAGAACCUGCGCAGGAAGAAGGCGGCCAAGGCCGAGCGGCGCCUGGAGAAGGCCCGCAGGAAGGGCCGCAUCCUGCCCCAGGACCUGGAGCGCGCCGGCCUGGCCUGAGGGCCCCCGCGCCGGCCCCGCGGCCACCCUCCCUCUUCCCCACUUGUUGGGGGAGCUCAGGCCGCCCGCGCACAAGGGCCUUCCGAUCCCGGCUCCGGCCACCUCUUGUGAGCCCGGGGUGCUCUGAACGGUCGUGGGCUGGGGGACCAGGGAGUGGCCUCUGGCCGGCGCUUCACUGGCCCCCUCUCCUCCCCUGUUCAUGGCAGCAGGAGCGGGAUGGCCUUGGUGACUGCCCUGUGGGUCCCAGACUCGGUGGGGAAGGACAAAAGUCAGCUCCUGAGGCCAGAGCUGAAGGUGAUAAUUGCCGGGCUCCGUUGCUGGGAGAAGGUGGGCCGUCCUCAGGCUGCCUGGAAUUGGAUUCCACAUUUGUUUGUAAGAUGGGUCAAGACUAGAGUUUAAGAUGAGCAGGCAAAUCCCAAGAUGACCCUAAAAGAUAGAAACUUACUAAACCAGCAGGAAGAAAAAUAGAUGGGGUCCCCGACAUCAAGAUUUCGAGAGAAAGAGCAAAACCUAGCACUAAGCGGGGUGAACAGAGGCUGCAGAGUCAGAGACAGUGAGGCCAAGCCCCCGGGCAGCCAGAACGAACACGCUUUAUCAAAACUCAGAUGAAUUUGAUAUGUGGGUUGUAUUUCAAUAAAAGUGUUGAUAAAAUUCUUCGGACUAGGA